GCAGACGACACAUUUCUAUUUACAAUUAUUUAUUUGUUAGUUUUGUAGUUAGAAUUAACGAAAAACGUGAAAAAGAUGUUGGUGAGGAAACGUAGUAGUAACAAAUAAAAAUAAAAGCUAGAUAAUUAUUAUUGUGCAAUUAUGUGACAAAAAUAGUUACUGUAGUGAAAGUUAUAUUUUUGUAUAAUUAUGUGGUCUGUUAGGAGGCUCCUCGGUUUUGGAGUCAUUGGUGGUAGUGCUAUUUUUACAGCUGCCAGUUUUAGAGCAAACGAUGGCGAUUUGGAUUCAGUUGGUAUUGUUAGGUUAGGUCGUGCCACAAGUACAGUCUUUUCCAUAGGGCUUAUGUACAAGUCCAGAUUGAAAAACCAUGGUCUGGAUAAGGAGUCACAAGAGUACAAGGAUCUGAAGAGCCAGGUGCACCAAAUGGGUGCAGAUAAAUUGCUACAACUCUGUUGUUUAAACAAAGGUGUGUAUAUUAAAGUCGGGCAGCACAUAGGAGCCCUCGACUACCUGUUACCCAAAGAGUAUGUCAAUACCAUGAAAGUCUUACACAGUCAUGCCCCCAAACAUUCUAUAACCGAUGUAUACAAAGUGUUGAAAGAAGAGUUUAAAAAAGACCCCAGUGAAAUCUUUUCUAGUUUCGAUGAAGAACCCUUGGGCACAGCAUCGUUGGCACAAGUCCACAAAGCAACUUUACACGAUGGCACUACAGUUGCUGUUAAGGUCCAACACAGAUACGUCCGUGGAAACUCUCUAGUCGAUAUGAAAACUAUGGAACUGCUUGUUAAAAUAGUCUCGUUGGUAUUCCCUGAUUUUAAAUUCCAAUGGCUUGUCGAUGAAACCAAAAAAAACAUCCCUAAAGAACUUGAUUUUAAUGCCGAAGGCAAAAACGCUGAAAAAAUCAGUGAAAUGUUUAAAGACAAAACUUGGUUGAAGAUACCUAAAAUACAUUGGGACUUAACGACACCCCGGGUGCUGACAAUGGACUUUGUAGAAGGCGGUCAAGUAAACGAUUUAGAGUACAUCCAGCAAAACAAAAUGAAUCCUUUGGAAAUCACAAACAAACUAGGACGUUUAUAUUCUGAAAUGAUUUUUAUUAAUGGUUUUGUCCACAGUGAUCCACACCCCGGUAACAUCUUGGUUCAAAAACAUGGCAAGCACGUCAACCUGGUUUUGUUAGACCAUGGUUUGUAUGCUGAGUUAUCGAAUGACUUCAGAUACGAGUACUCCCAACUUUGGUUGAGCAUUUUGAAAGUGGAUCGUAAUGCAAUGAGGCACCACAGUAUUAAUUUAGGUAUCGUGGGUAAUCUGUACGGUUUGUUUGCUUGCAUGAUAACCGGCAGACCUUGGGAAUCUGUUUUAUCAGGUAUAGAUAAAGUCUCACAUUCGCAAAAGGAGAAGGAUCAGUUUCAAAAACAAUUACCAAAUGUACUUCCACAAAUAUCUGAUGUACUACAAAAAGUCAACAGACAAAUGUUGCUGAUUUUUAAAACCAACGACUUACUCAGAGGUAUUGAAUACACUUUACAAACAGGAUCCAACAUGUUAUCAUUUAUGACGAUGUCUAAAUGCUGUAUCAAUGCUGUGCAUAAAGAAGAAUUUGACAAGGCUUCGACAAAGUAUAGAAAGUUGCAGGUUUUUAUAUCGAGACAAUGGUUGUUGUUUAAGUUGAAAGUUUAUUAUUCGUAUUUAAGUCUGAGACGAAGGGACUUCUAUGGGCUUCUGAAUGUUUUAUCGAGCUAAAUUGGGCUUGAUGUAAAUGUUGCAUGGUUUUAAAUUUUAUUUAAAUACUCGUUAUCGCCAUUUUGU